AUGAUAUCUGAAUUAAAAACAACUGCAAUGGCCAAGGUGCCCGACCCCGGAGCAAAUGUCGGCGAAACCACAACGUAUACAGACCCCGAGGCCGAAAGGUCCUAUGUCAGGAAAGUCGAUUUCAUUGUGCUUCCGACACUCUGUUUGAGCAACUUGUCAAAUGCAAAGACAGAUGGUCUUGAGAAGGACUUACUUCUGAAGGGAAAUGACUAUUCUUUAUUGAUUCUUCUCUUCUAUAUCCCGUUUGGGCUGUUUGACCUGCCAUGGAAUCUUUUAAUUAAGAGAUUUUCAGGCAGAGUCAUGCUAUCUUUCAGUGAGACCCUUCAACACUUUGAGACUUUGGUUCGCGUCGCUGAUAUAUAUAUGAUAGUGUCCAUUGUGUGGGGAGUGUUAGCACUCUGCCAAUGCGCCGCUAAGGACUUCGGCUCUCUACUUGCAAUUCGCAUCAUAUUGGGUGUUUUUGAAGCAGGUUUCUUUGCCGGAGCUACCUUCUACCUAACGUUGUUCUAUACGCGUGGAGAAAUGGGCUUCCGCCUGGCUAUCAUGCAGUCAUUUGCAGUUUUAGCUUCUGCCUUCAGUGGACUUAUCUCUUUUGGGGCGUUCCAGAUAAACCACCCCACAGUCAAAGGAUGGCAGUGGUUGUUUAUCAUCGAAGGAUCGAUGACACUAAUUACUGGAGCUGUGGCAUUUUUCCUGCUACCAGAUGGGGUACAGAAAGCCUGGUUUUUGACUGACAGGGAGAGGGCGGCAGCGACAGGACGUCUGCUUCGGGAUACCUCGUCGGAAGUAAAUACGCCAUUCAAUCUCAAGGCUUGCUUUGAGUCAUGGAACGACUGGAAAUUCCCAGUGUGGUGUCUGAUUACGUUCACAUACCCUGUUGCCUAUGCCACUGCAAUGAAUUUCUUUCCGUUGAUUGUCCAAAGGCUGGGAUACUCUGUCAUCAAGACUAAUCUCUGGACGGUGGCACCAAACCUCGUUGGAACAGUAUUCCUGCUAUGCGUGGCCAAGUCAUCCGACUAUUUCCGGGAGAGAACCCUCCAUAUCGCCUUUUCUUUGACAGUUUCAUUGGUCGGAAUGAUUAUAUUAAUUACCAUUGACGUCCAGAAUAACAAGGGAGUAGCAUACUUCGCUUGUUUCCUGAUGGCAGCAGGAUCAUAUAUUCCGUCCUGCCUCGUUCAUGCGUGGCACAACAAUAACAACGUACAUGAAAACUCCCGAGCUGCCAAUACGGGUUUUUUUGUAGGACUGGGAAAUAUCGCUGGAGUAUUGAGCGCGGGCACAUUCCGAACUCAAUAUGCACCAAAGUAUCUGCCAACUCUAAUUGCAACUUGCUGUUGCAAUGCAGUCUGCAUUUUCCUUGUCCUUGGAUUAGGCGGCUGGAUGCGCAUGGAGAAUCAUCGCCGAGAUAGCAAACAGGGACUAAGACUGAGAGAGGAUCAGACUGAUACUAGUCAGUUCAAGGAGGGUGAAAAGAGUCCAGAGUGGAGGUACUUCCCUUGA